CAAGAGUCAAGUCAAGUCAUGACUGUAAGCCUUGUUCUAUGGUUAUAUCAGGUUAUGUGUCACUUAUAUGUCUAUGAUCAUGGCAUGUUCUUGUCUUCAUCUAUGCAUCUUUAGUUGUUUUAAAUUAGAAUAAUGGGGAUGAUUCUUGCAAAUAUUGCUCAUAUUUGUACACUAAUAUAUACCGAUAAUUAUGUGAGAGUGUCUAGUAUCGCAGUGAUUCUUUUUUGUGGGCUAUUGUGUUUCUUUUCCAGCUUUUCAGGUGUUUUAGUGUUUUCCUGUUACAUAUUCGGAUACUUGGCAUCUUUGCUGUUGAUCAAGUAUCAGUAUUAUGCCAUUUCAUGUUUGAAAAAGUUUCUCGAAAGGUAUACUCAUAGCCCAACUAUAAAAUUAUCGAAAUUAAAAGCAUCAUGUAGCGUUUGCGACAAUCUCACAUGCAGACGACAUUAUAUCGCGCACAGUGCAACACCGUGGAAGGAUAUUAAGAUAAGUCUAGAAUUAAAUAAUGCAAUUGAGCAUUUCUUUAACAAGAUCUUGACUAAUUUUAUUUUGGUCUGGUACAACCAAUUCACUGACAGUGGCGAAUUUGUAAAUGAACUGCGCUACUGUUUCAAGUAUGCAAGUGCUACUUUAAUAAACCGAUUUUUUCGAAUCGACCAUAUCGAGAUUAUCACCAAUAAACUAGUCCCACAAGUAAUCAAGCACAUUGACGACUAUCUUUAUAUGCACCAAAUUGGAAAGCUGAAAAAUGUUAAGUUCCAUGAUGUUAUUGUUGAAUACCUGGGAACAAAUUUACAUCCAGCUACCACAAAUCGAAAAAAUGAACUGCUUUAUCUUCAACAUUUAAGCAAUGAGUUGAUCAGAUAUCUUCUGCCACACAAUUACGUAAAUUGCAAAAACUACUCUGUUUUGCUUCGAGAGCUACUAUCCGGUUGGGUUCUUCUGCCUUUAAUGGAUGUUAUAGCAGAUCCCAAUAUUAUAAAUUCCUUAGUAAUUUUAACAGUCAAUUAUAAACCAUCGAGGACGCCGAGACCUCAAGAUUUAAGCCCGGAAGUAGAAUUUUUGUGUACUCUAGUGGAAGUGGACAGCUCGAAAAGGUCCCCCUUUGCUACUUCGCUGAAUCAAAUAAAGAAUAGUACUGAUCUGUUAUAUGCGUUUAUGCAGUUUUUGAAGAAACAAGAGCAAGUGCAUUUGUUGCAAUUUUGCUUGGAUGUUGAUGAUUUCAAUGCGAAGCUUCUCACGCCAGAUUUAACCAAGAAACAACUUGAAGAACUCCACGUGCAAGCGCUGAACUUGCACAAAGAAUACUUUCAAGAAGAUUCGUUUAACUUUAUUGGUUGUUCUUCGGGGAUCUGUGCGCAAUUUAGCGCCCUUAUUGAUGAUAUUUAUAGGGUUGCAAAACUGCGCACCUCCAAGCCGUUGUACCAAGCCUAUGAUUUUGCUUUUAAUCAGUUGGAGGGGUUGUGGCUCCCACAAUUUUUCCACAGCAACGAGUUUUACAAGUGCAUCUGUGGAUCAAAAGCGACAUCGUCGUUCAACAAAGCAGCGAUAAAGAGUAAAAGAUUUUGUGAACAAUCCAGCUAUGGUACAGUUUCAAAAUUUAGUAGCAGCAUCGGAAAAAUAAAGGGCGUCUUAAAAACUGCUACACCAGUUGAAGGAUGUGUUCAACACUUGAAAACCGAUUUCACCGAAAAUGAUCUUCUGCCAGCAAACCUCACACGUGAUUUGAGUAACUGGAAAGUUACAAUAUCUUCUUAUAAGGUUAUUCCAGACACUAAAAUAAUCUACUUCUGUUUGAACAUUUCUUAUGUAGACAAUUCGGGACUGCAAAGCAUUUCGAAUAACUGGCUAGUAUGGAGAAAAGAUCAGGACUUUUUCACUUUAAAGUCUAAACUGGUGGAGUUUCAUGGGGAAAGUGAGAUAUGCGAUUCUCCGUUGCCAUCAAGAAAAGCAGGUGCGCUAGUGGAGCCCCGCAUCGCAAAGUAUGAAAGCUUUUUAAUAAAAUUGCUGCAGAAACCCAGUCUUAGGGGUAGUGAUUUGCUUCACACCUUCCUCACCAGACAAGACGACUUCACUUUAGUUAUCUCAACUAUGGCCCCAAACAGUCAAGAUAUGGGCAAUAUAUAUCAAUCAGUAGCUUAUAAGUUAAGGAAAGAAAAAGGGCAAUAUUUGGACACUUUUAUCAACACCUUCGUCAGCUCUGUCACAAAACCCAAACAAGAAAAAGUAGACAUAGCUGAGGAAGGUGUAGAGCUUGAUGCUUCAAUAGACGAACAUUCCGGGCAAACUCACGCAAGAACUUUUAAUAAUGAUGUUUUCAAAAAUAACUUUGCAAUUCCCUGUAACUUAAACCCUGGGAUUUCUGCGAGCAAUUUCAACCCCGCGUUGUUUUCGGAAAGUUUAUUUUACUUAUUUAGACAAGUGUUCAAAAUAAAUAAUGUUGUGCUGCGUAUUUAUGUGGCGAUUUGCAGUGUGAUGCAGAAGCUGGUGGAUCUGUUUGCUAAAUUAGUAAUUGAGACUAAGAUUAAAACUAUGUUAACGCAACAUAAUCUAGCGCAUCUCAUUAGAUUAUUGGAAGACGCGAUUUUUGCCCAUCGCAGUCAUCACACGGCAGACGAAUAUGAUGCGCGAAAAGAUAAAGCAUUCAGAAACAUCGAGUUUUGUCCCAACUAUUUAGACAGAUGUUUGGGAGGACAUAUGAACGAAGGUUUAAGGACUCUUUUGGAUGUAUUACAAAACCCGCACUACAACAAGCAACUCUGUUAUAACCUUUUCGAUGUGCUUCUAAUCGAAAUGUUUCCAGAGUUAAACGAAGCUAAGUAAAAUUUCGCUUUGCAAUUAUACAUACAUACAUAGGAAUUCAGUUGAUAUUAGUUGCAGCUUAGUGAUAUUUCGUUAUAUGUAUUAUUAAAUUCAUUAUUAAACCUAGUGUUUUUUGAGGAAAGCA